AGGUAACCUUACUUAGGCUUGAACAACCAACUAAGGCCUCUUCAAAACCCCUUAAAUUAUCACUUAUAAUAUCUCCAAUACUUGCAAAAUAGAAAAGAAAGAAAAAAAAAGCAUGGUUAGUCCAUCCAAUAAUUCCCAUAAUUUUCCUCUAAAAUUCCUUUGUAGCUAUGGUGGCAAGAUUAUGCCCCGUCAAACCGAUGGAAAACUCCGGUAUUAUGGUGGCGAAACACGUGUCCUCUCCGUUGAUCGUUCCAUUUCAUUCGCAGAGCUAUUAUUGAAGUUAGGGGAGAUGUCUGGAUCAACAGUGAGUUUGAGGUGUCAGUUGCCAAAUGAAGAUCUAGACGCUCUUGUAUCAAUAACAUCUGACGAAGAUUUAGUCAAUCUCAUCGAAGAAUAUGAUCAUGUUUCAACAAUAUCAUCGUUUCUCAAGAUCAGGGCUUUCUUAUAUCCACCAAAAUCCACAAAAAAAGUUGUAUCUCCUACACCUUCCAUUGCUUCUACCUCAUCCACCAAUAGUACCACUAUUAGCAACCCCGAUGCCACGUCAUCACCAAGUUCAUUUUGUUCAACCGUUACUAGCCCUCCUGCGUCAACGAGGCAUCAUGAUUGUCCAAGACCAUAUAAAAAAGUGACACGAAAUUCUUUAGAUGAAACAAUUAACGGGCGCAUACGUCAUAUUAGAACAAGAUCGUCACCGGUGAUGUUUCCUAUUUGUCCUGAGAAAGUCACGGCCAAGAUUCCUCAAUAUGCUUAUCAUCAUAGUCAUGGGAAUAAUAGUAGCCAUAUUUAUAUGAUUCACCAUGGCAACCAUUGGCAAUAACACUUGAUAUUUUCUAUUGGACAAGGGCAAUAUUGGAACAUAUAUAUACUUUUUAUAUAGAGAAAAAGAAAACCCCAUCAAGAAAAAAAAAAGAAAAAAAAAGAGGAUGAGAUAUAUUUUUUUUUUUAUGUAAGAAGAGAGUGUAUAUGUCAAUAACAAAUUGGUAGUUUUUGUGUCAUAUAUAUGAGUCCAAUUUAUUUUUUUACUACCAUGGAUGGAUAUUAACUCACCUCUUUAUGUGAUGCGUGCCACGUUAAAUUUCUUUCUUUUAAAAAAUUAUUUUUUAUAUAUUUUUUUUAAUCUUGUUGGCAUUUUCCAACAAAUCACAAAAAAUGAGUCCUAUAUCAUGUUUGCUUCCCCUCUAAUUUUCUAAUCUUUUACGUCUUUAUAUUUGUCUCUUUAGUAUUUCUCUGCCUCAAAGAGAUAAUGAUAAAAUUUGCGUAUAAGAUUUUACUAAAUAUGUUAUUGUUAUUGUGUUUAGUAUUUUGUCUGUUCAUUUUCUAUGUGUUAGUAUAUUGUAUCAUGAUAUGCAAUUAUAUCACGUCUCUUCCUUUGGUGCUAAGUUUCUAUCUUGAUUUUGUGUACUGCAGGUAUAUGAUGAUGAAAUCAAUUGAAACUCUUUUUUUCAUUUAGACAGGAAAUUCUAGUAACCUCAAGAUGGGAAUUAAGUGGCAGAGUCAUUUGGUCUGAAUGCAACCUGAAGAGCCACACAUAGGACCCAUUCAGGAGGAAACACUCUUUAUCAAGGAUUUUUAUUAAAUUCAAGGUUCGAACGUGAGACCUCUGAUGAGGAGUAGUCUCCUCCACUGCAACAUACCCUUUGGUUGUGAAAAACUUUCUAUCUUGUCGGUAUUAAAUAUAGUUUCAAAUGCCAUAAUUUCACCAACAAGAGUUGUGGUGGAGUGACAAGUAUUUCAUCAUCCUUAACUAGAUGUCUUAGGUUUGAGUCUCCUUAGGUAUGAAUAUGCCUUUAUUAGGAAAUGUUUACCUCAAUGUGGGACUUCUUGACGAAAAUCUAAAUGUAGUCGGGUUUGAAACUCAAUAGCAAACAAAAAAGAAAAGAAAAGACGGCACUAGAAACGAAUGUAUAAAGUUUAGGGAGAUGAAGAGAAUGGGUUAAAGAA